CCGUGAGCAGUGGGAGCCCUUCCUCCGAUCUGCUUCCCCGGGCACUGGCUCUCUCACUGGCAGGCAUGACCCCAGCCUGGAGACACUCGCUGAGAGCUUGGCGCCUGCAGACGUCGUCUCCCAGGAUCCCCAAGAUGUGCCCUUUCUUGAGCCUAGGUGCUUUCCGGACAUCUGUGACCAAGCUUGGUCUCCAUACAAAACCCAGAAUGCCUCCCUGUGACUUCACACCUGAGAAAUACCAGUCCCUCGCCUAUGAACGUGUCCUGGAGAUCCACAAUCAACACCUUCCUCCCACGUCGAUGGUGUAUUUUCCGAAGCCUUUGCUGCUUCACCAGGGUCACAUGGAAUGGCUGUUUGAUUAUGAGGGAAACAGAUACCUGGAUUUCUUUUCUGGGAUUGUCACUGUCAGUGUCGGUCACUGCCAUCCGAAGGUAAACGCAGUGGCACAAAAGCAGCUUGGACGCCUGUGGCAUACAAGUGCCCUCUUCUUCCACACUCCAAUCCAUGAGUUCGCAGAGAAGCUUUCGGCACUUCUCCCGGAGCCUCUAAAGGUCAUUUUCUUGGUGAACAGUGGCUCAGAAGCCAAUGACCUAGCCAUGCUGAUGGCCAGAGCACACUCAAAUAGCACAGACAUUAUUUCUUUAAGAGGAGGCUACCAUGGGUGCAGUCCUUACACACUUGGCCUGACAAACGUAGGGACCUUCAGGAUGGAUCUCCCCGGUGGGUUGGGCUGCCAAUCAACAAUGUGCCCAGAUGUUUUCCGUGGCCCCUGGGGAGGAAGCCACUGUCGAGAUUCUCCUGUGCAAACAAUUAGGAAAUGCAGCUGUGCACCAGACUGCUGCCAAGCAAAGGACCAGUAUAUUGAACAGUUCAAAGACACUCUGAACACUUCUGUGGCCAAAUCAAUUGCUGGAUUUUUUGCAGAGCCAAUUCAAGGGGUGAAUGGAGUCAUUCAGUACCCAAAGGGGUUCCUACGGGAAGCCUUCGAGCUGGUGCGAGAGCGGGGAGGCGUGUGCGUCUCGGAUGAGGUGCAGACAGGAUUUGGAAGGCUAGGCUCUCACUUCUGGGGCUUUCAAACCCAUGGCAUCCUGCCAGACAUUGUCACCAUGGCUAAAGGGAUUGGGAAUGGCUUUCCCAUGGCAGCAGUUGCGACAACUCCAGAGAUUGCCAAGUCUCUGGCUAAACGCCUUUUGCAGUUCAACACUUUUGGAGGGAACCCCAUGGCCUGUGCCAUUGGGUCAGCGGUGCUCGAGGUGAUUAAAGAAGAAAAUCUACAGGAAAACAGUCAAGAGGUUGGCACCUACAUGCUACAGAAGUUUGCGGAGCUGCGUGAUGAAUUUGAGAUUGUCGGAGAUGUCCGAGGCAAAGGCCUCAUGAUAGGAAUAGAAAUGGUGAAGGAUAAGGUGAGCUGCGAGCCUCUUUCCCGGGAAGAAGUCGGUGAAAUCCAUGACGACUGCAAACGCAUGGGGCUUCUAAUUGGCAGAGGCGGCAUUUUUGCGCAGACAUUCCGCAUCGCACCCUCAAUGUGCAUCACUAAACCAGAUGUUCAUUUUGCAGUGGAAGUAUUUCGGUCUGCCUUAAUCCAACACAUGGAGAGAAGAGCUAAAUAAAAUUUUUGAAAAGAAAAACCAUAAACUUCAAGAACUUCCCACUUACGUUCAAGGGUUAAUUUGAGGAAUUCAAUCAGAUAAUUAGUAUAAGUUGUAUGGGACGUGGUUGACUACCUACCAGCAAAUGUGUUACCAGAGCCCCCAUUAUCUUGAGAAAUCCAUCCUUCAAGAACGGAUCUUUAUCCCUAGCUCAGAGAAUAAAUCCUAAUUAUUCUAGGUUAGUUAUGGUCAUUUAGUUCCCCCUGUCAGCGAUUGGCUUAUGCAUGACAUGUGACAUAUUUGGGGACAACGAAUCCUGAAGGAAAAUAUUUUGGUGGAGGUGCAUUCAGGUGAAGGUUUCUUUGUUCUUCAUUCUUCAUCACCAGAAGACAUGUCUUCUUGCACUGAUCGUCAUAGGUCAUGCUCACAUCAUGUCAGCCAUUUUGAGGCCACGAAGAGAAAGCUUCUUCGCUGGGGUUGGAAGGUAGAAGGAAGCUGAGUCCUUAGUAAUGUCAAUGAGCCUCUGACUUAACCAAUCCUAGAUCUUACCUUGGAGCUUCUUGUUAUCAGAUAAUAAAUUCUGUGUAUUGCAUAGUCUCUUUGAUUAAAGCUUACUAUGAUUUCAACCAUAAGCAUCCUAAGAAAUGAUGCAGAAAAUAACUGUCCCCUUCUUUUUUAACUCCCUUAAAAUAUCUAUCAGAGCCGACUUCUCGAUUUCGACUUCCAUCACCCCACCCUGAACUAAACCCUUGUUACUUUUAUUGUAAUAGCCUCCAAGGCCAGAAUUUUCCAAACUUUAGUCAUUAGAAUGCACAUUUCUUAGUGGUUUUUUCCCCAUAUGUAUAUACCACCCAUCUUAGAAUUGACUUAAUAUUUUUCCUUAAUUUAACUUGUUUUACUUAGAUGUAUUUGAUAGUAACCUUUCUAUGGUAGUAAUAAAUGGGAAAUCAGUACUUCUUGUCAUACUGGAAAGUAAUCAUACAAAUAAAAUGAACACAAAGCAAUGUAAUUCAGGCCUAGCAAGAUGCAAUUUCUUGCAGAUGUUCCCAGUCUGAGGCUUGUUCUUUGUUCAAAGGGGAGAUUAGGAGCGCCUGGGUGGCACAGCGGUUAAGCGUCUGCCUUCGGCUCAGGGCGUGAUCCUGGCGUUAUGGGAUCGAGCCCC